GCGAAUGGCUGUACACAAUAUUCGGAUGGUAGUGAUGGGAGUGAAAGCCAAUCGUGCCAACGCGAUGUCGACACACGGUUUAAUAGAAAUUUGAACUUGCAAAGACAAACGAGAGAUGUUGUCAUGAUGAAAUAUCUACCAAGAAUAGACCCCGUAAAGGUUGGCUAUAAGAGGAAUGUUCAAAUUUUUCCUGGUGAAACACAUCAAAUGCAAACAUUGUCUCUAAACCCUCCAAUAUUUGAAGUGGAAAAUUUCCUAACGAACGAAGAGUGUGAUUUAAUUAUUAGCACCGCGAAAACCAGUGGUUUAUCGGAGAGUACUACAGUCAGAGCAAAUAGGAAUCGAUUAUCAAUAGAGAAAAUAAUGGAAUUUUUUGGCAAAGUUGAUAUAAAUUUUGACAGAAUUUUAAAUACGUACGAGAUUGGAGAGUUUUUCAUAAAGUUGUCCGGAUUGGUGCUCGGGGACGACGACAUAGCACAAAUGCUGAACUCUCUUAAACUGGACGUCAAUCAUGAUGGUAAGCUUUCUGACGAGGAAAUGUUUACAGGAUUAGCAGGAAAGAGCUACGAUAAGUUCUACACAUAUUUGGAAAAUUUGCAAAGAACGAAUCCUGAACGAAAGGUCCGAUAUAGUGACACGGUGUUUAUAGAACCUUCCACUUCGUUAGAGCUCUUUGAAAAUAUCAGACACAGGAUUGUAAAUCUGACAGACUUGCCAUAUGGAAUGAUUAAAGCUGGGGAGCAUUUGCAGGUGGUCAGAUAUCGACCAAGUGGGCAUUAUCAUUCCCAUCUUGAUUCGGAAAAUAGCCGCGACAGCAAAGAAUGUUGCCAAUACAGAGAUUGGAAAUCAGGCUGUAAAUUGUGCAG